AUGGGCAGUGCUUCAGUGGUGCCGCUGAGCGAGCGUGGUGGAGAGGCCGGGGAGGAGGCCAUCCAAGAUGACGUUGUGAAUGCUGUCAGGCAUCAGGAGAUCAAGAAGGCAAAAGCAGUGGAGGACGCCAAGGAGAAGAAGCCUGGGGAUCCGUUACAGUCUGGGAAGCCGCCCGUGGAGGAGCCCAAAACAUGCCUCGGGAGGGCAUGGUCCGGCCUGAUGAAUGCAUUGCUGCGCCCGCCCCCGCUGGCCGAGAUGAUCUGGAAGCUGCUGUUGGCGCUCUUGCUCUAUGGCGUGGCCAUGUCCUUGGUCAUUCACCAGUUGGUGCUGAUCGACGGCAGCAACCUUCCAGUCUCCCACCAGGGCAACGCAAGUUUUCGGCACCUGCGCGUCGAGCUGACGGCCUGUGUGAUGCAGAUAUCGGUGGUCCCUGGCUCGUCUGUCCGUUUGACAGACCGGUCGAUUGGGCGGAACACCAUCCUCACAGCGAGUGGGCCCUCCAAGGUGUCGCUGGUGGACACGGGCAGCUGUCUCCUGGUCAGCUGCCGUGGACCCGCGUCCGAGCCAGAUUUUCAGGUACUUGCUCACCUGCAGGUGGGAUCUGAGGCUGACCUUUCCUUCACUUCUGUUCACCUCCUUCCUGGAGACAGAAGCUCCUUGCUGGUGACCGGUGGCAACAGCAGUGCCUUCGGUGUCAACUUGACCGUGGUAGGGCAGCGUGGACUGGUUCAGCUGGAACAGCUCUCGGUGCCAAACCUCUUCGCCACGCUGCGCAGUGGACUCCUGGACAUCAGGUAUCCACAAGUCCCUACGGCAAUGCUGGAUGUCGGGGCCGCCGCAGUAUCGCUUCGAGUUGGUGUAGACAGCUCUUUGCGACUUCGACUGUCCAAGAGCUCCGACCUGACAGCGGGAACGUCGACGGAUCUUGCGUGCUUGUCCGAUGCUUCGGGUGCGCCGGCCUGGAAUGAGACUGCCGGGCACGUGUCUCUGGGAGAUGAUCCAAGCCCCUCAGAGUUCACGAUCCUUCGUGGAGCUGGUGGCAGCCUGGGAGCCCUCUUCGCGUCGCGCGGCGUGUUGCAGGAGGAGCGCCUGGCCGACUUGAACACUUUUGACUCCAUGGGCACAGCCGGGUUCCAGGCAGAGAGCGACUUCACUGUCUGGGCAUCCCAGAGGGCCAAGGCUGGAGCUCAAGUUCUCCGCCUGCGCGUGGUUGCGCCGGGCUUUGACGAUGAUCUCAGUGGUAUUGGUGCCGAGUCUGAGUGGCUUUACUCUUUGUAUGGCAGCAUCUACAUCUGGCAUCCGUUGAGCGCCUUCUACUUGGCGACGCUGAGCAUCUUCGCGCCCACCGUGAGCCGGACAGACGUGGUCCUCACGUCCGCGCAGUGUACUCCGAGCGUUGCGCUGGUGACGCCUGGCGAUUCCUGCCUGCCGGACUCCUCGAGGAUUUAUGGCAUCGAUGCUGUUGGUGGAAUUCACAUGGCGCUUGGGCAAGCGCUUCCCGAGGAGCUGAGUUUUGGCAACCGCACAGCCAGCCGGAUUUACCAGCUGCGCUCCUCUGCAGCGGCAGCCCCUUUCUUGCCAAGCCUCGCGGAUGGGGAUGUUUCGGAGUUCCAGUAUAGCGGCCAGUCAGGAGUCAUCAGCAUGAUGACGCUCAACUCCGUCGGUGACCGAGGGACUUUCAUGGAUGCACGGAGCCAAGCAUUCGCGACAAUUGCCAUUAUUGUGUGUCUGGUCCUGCCCAUCUUCAUCACUAUCUUGGCCCACAGGUUCUACCAAGCUGAGAAAGCCAAGCUCCUGGCUGCAGACGGCUGGCGCAUUUGGCCCAUCUUGUGGCAGGCGAAGCAGCGUGAGAUGGAAGAGGUGGCCCGCUCCACAAGCGAAGCCGAAGCCGCUGCCGAGAGCGUGCCGGGCCCGGAGCAGCCAGAGCAGCUGGAAGCCGGGGCCGCUGCUCAGACUCGAGGGCCCUCGGCAGCGGUGCGUGAGGACCUGCUCUCCACACUUGCCAGGAUGGCGACAGAGAGCCUGACUUCCAUUGCGGAUGGCAUGCAGGAAGUCGUGGACCAGGUCGUCGACUUCCAGAUGUCCAAGGCUGAAAAGGACCUCCACAGUCGAGCAGAAGGCCUACUUGGCAGGAGUGCCAACCUCCUGACAUUUGUGGAAUGCAUCGCCUUCCGACGCGUUGGCAGCAUGUCGUUCUACUCAGACGGCCUCGUCUAUGCUUCCUUGCUGGUGGUUCUCCACUUUGGCAUCCUGCAGCUCAUUAUGUUGCCAGCAGCUGUGGUUUUGAUAGUGAACUCCUACAAUGUCAUGGACUAUCAGGGAGUCUACUUCCUUUCUUCUCUGCUGCUUGGGGAGUUGAAUUCAAGCCGCGCCCUUUCACAAGCAGGCUGGAUCAUCAUUCUCACGACAGAGGCCUUCAUGCUGCUCUACACCAUCAUUGAAUAUCUGUGCCGGCACAUCGACCAGGUCAUACUCACUCAGACUCAGUUGGCCGCCGGCCGCCUUUCAAUUCAUCGACGGCGUCUGUUGACCCUUCGGGCAAAUCGCUUUUUCCGUGAUAGCAUGUUUUUCCUCCUCCUGUUCUUCUUGCACGUUAGCAUCACACUGGGAAUUGCCUUUUCUCUUUACCUGCUCUUGGGUGCGUGCGUCACUCCUGAGACAGUUGCACCUGUCCUCAUUGGUGUGAUUGCGACGAUUUACGUUGGAAGGCGCACGGCAGAGCUGGUGUUUUCGUCUUCGCGCAACCUUCAAGCUCAGCUCAUGCUCGCGUCUCAGAUGUUGGGCACUUGCAGUAUUCUAAUUGUACCGCCAUGUCAUGAAGCAAGCCAAAAACUGAUGGAGUUGCUCUGUGCUGCCUCGUGA